UGAAUAUGUUGACAGUCAACAUGUUACUGAGUGUCUUCUUUCUUCCAGGUGCUUUGGCUGAUUGUUCUGAAAAAUCAGACCUCUUCAUCACUGCACCGCUGAAGAUGGAAGCACUGAGUGGAUCUUGUUUGCAAAUCCCGUGUAACUUUAGAGGUAGAUCAGAAGGACAAUUUUAUGGUGGAACAGCCAUUGGUGUGUGGAUUAAAAAUGACCACGAUUUUGGCUCCUAUCCAGAAAAUGUGAUUUUCAGAAGUGAUCAGACUGAUAACCCCUAUCCAAUGAACAUUACUGGAAACCUGAAAGAGAAAAACUGCACCACUCUAUUUUCCAAUUUAAACACAACAUAUACAGACAUAUACUACUUCAGAAUUGAGAACGGGCCACCCAAGGCAACAGCUAUUUGUGAUCCUCUUAAUAUAACAGUCACAGAUUCUCCUCCGAUCCCAACAAUUGAAAUCUCAGGUGAGCUGAAGGAGAAGGAGUCUGUCACUAUAACCUGCUCAGCUUUCACUCCCUGUCCACACUCCCCUCCUAAACUCACCUGGAAUCUCCAACAAGACGCUCACAACACAAUAGAGGAGAACACAGAUCGAACCUUUACCACUAAAAUCCAGAAGACCAUCACUCUGUCUGACAAGGAUGAUGGAUACACCAUCACCUGUUCUUCCAUCUACUCUGUGAAUGAAGGACACAAUAAGUCAGCAGAGGGAAAAGAGACUCUCAAUGUUUCAUAUGCUCCUAAAGACACCUCAGCAAUGAUCAGUCCAUCAGGUUUGGUGUCACCAGGUAGCUUGGUGAACCUGACCUGCUCCAGCAGAGCCAAGCCUGCCGCCAACUUCAGCUGGUUCAAGACCAACAAAGAUGAACACAUGAAAGUAUCUGAAGGAGACUUCUACAGCUUCAAUGUGACAGAUGGAGGAGUUUAUUACUGUUUGGCCACAAAUGAUUUUGGUAAUCAGUCGUCAUCACAGAUCCAUCUGAUUAUUAAAGAUUCUCCUCCAAGCCCAACAAUUGAAAUCUCAGGUGAGCUGAAGGAGAAGGAGUCUGUCACUAUAACCUGCUCAGCUUUCACUCCCUGUCCACACUCCCCUCCUAAACUCACCUGGAAUCUCCAACAAGACGCUCACAACACAAUAGAGGAGAACACAGAUCGAACCUUUACCACUAAAAUCCAGAAGACCAUCACUCUGUCUGACAAGCACGAUGGAUACACCAUCACCUGUUCUUCCAUCUACUCUGUGAAUGAAGGACACAAUGUUAAGUCAGCAGAGGGAAAAGAGACUCUCAAUGUUUCAUAUGCUCCUAAAAACACCUCAGCAAUGAUCAGUCCAUCAGGUUUGGUGUCACCAGGUAGCUGGGUGAACCUGACCUGCUCCAGCAGAGCCAAGCCUGCCGCCAACUUCACCUGGUUCAAGAUCAACACAGAUGGACUCAUGAAAGUAUCUGAAGGAGACUUUUACAGCUUCAAUGUGACAGGUGGAGGAGUUUAUUACUGUGUGGCCUCAAAUAAUGUUGGUACUCAGUCAUCAUCACAGAUCCAUCUGAUUAUUAAAGGUAAAUGCAGAACUGUACUGUGUCCAAUAGUGGGAAUUUGGAAAGUUAAAUACAAUAUUUACGGACAAAAUGGUUGUGGAUAG